AUGAGUAAACAAGCGUCAAAUAGUGAAAACAGCGGACCCAAGUACAAUGCAAUACCCAGUAGUCCUGGCUCCAUCCACUCCUCGAGUCCUUUUUCACUCUUGCGAUGUUGGCUCCCCCGUACACGACACUGUCAUGCACUAAAAAACUUGCGAUCCUAUUAUCGGAAUAUAGGUCUGUUCCGAUGUUGGCUCCCCCGUACACGACACUGUUAUGAAUUACACAGCGAUCGAUCCUUUUACCGGAAUAAAAGUACCAAAACAAUGGAACAACGCUGCAUCUUUAGCCUCAAAAGAUUUGAUAUUUUUGUCUUCGUAUACGAAGCUACUUUGACUUUCCAUCUGUAUUUCACUGAACUUAAAAUUUUUAGUAACAUUUUGGAAGAUGAGUUACGAAAUUAAUAAAGUGUAUUUUUGGCCUUA